AUGGUGAACAAAUCGAGCUAUUCGACUCCAAAGUGGUGGAAGGAGGCUGUCAUCUACCAAAUCUAUCCUUCAUCAUUCCAGGACAGCAAUGGAGAUGGGUGGGGAGAUGUCAAAGGGAUCACUUCCCGCGUCGAUUAUCUGAAGAGCCUGGGUGUUGACAUCGUCUGGACCUCUCCAAUCUACAAAUCCCCGCAGGCAGAUAUGGGCUAUGACAUCGCCGACUACAAGAUGAUCGAUCCCAUCUAUGGCUCGAUAGAGCAUGUGGAUGAUCUGAUCUCUGAACUCAAGAAGAGAGAUAUGAGGCUGAUGAUGGAUCUCGUAGUUAACCACACUUCAAAUAUGCAUGACUGGUUUCUCGAGAGUCGAUCAUCCAAAGACAAUCCCAAACGAGAUUGGUAUAUCUGGAAGCCACCAAAGUCAGUCAGCGCCGCCGGCACGCCAGAGCCUCCCAACAACUGGGCACAGAUCCUUGGAGAAGCCAAUUCCGCUUGGACAUAUGAUACCGAGACAGGAGAAUAUUAUCUCUCGGUCUUCACACCUGAGCAGCCAGAUCUGAACUGGGAGAAUCCUGAAGUUAGAGAGGCCGUAUGGGAUGUCAUGAAGUUUUGGCUCGACCGAGGCGUCGCCGGCUUCAGGAUGGACGUGAUCAACAUGAUCUCCAAGGUCCCUACUUACCCAGACGCCCCAAUCGUGUUGGAUCCUGCAAAUCAUCAAUACCAGCCCGGAACUCAAUUCUUUGUCAACGGCCCCAAGCUCCACGACUACCUGCAAGAGAUGCACCGUGAAGUGUUGUCCAAAUAUGACACCAUCACAGUUGGCGAGAUGCCCGGUGUGUCUGACGAGAAUGAGAUCCUGCGCACCGUGGGCGCCAAUGCAGGUGAACUAAACAUGAUAUUCAUCUUCGACCUAGUUGACAUCGACAAACCAAAUGUACGGAUGGGCUUGAAGCCCUGGGACGUGAAGGAGAUGAAAGCAAUCAUCAGCCGAUGGCAGAGAUGCAUGAUCGAUCGUGAUGGCUGGAACUCAGUCUUCAUUGAGAACCACGACAACCCACGCAGCGUGACACGAUACACGGAUGACAGCGAUGAGUUCCGCGACAAGGGUGCAAAGCUGCUCGCGCUGAUGCAGACCACCUUGGGCGGCACGCUGUUUGUCUACCAGGGUGAAGAAAUCGGCAUUCGCAAUGCCCCGACUCACUGGGACAUCGACGAAGAAUACAAGGACAUUGAAACGAUCAACUUCUGGAAGAAAUGUCAGCAGAUCUACAAAGACAAGCCUCAGCAGCUGGAUCACGGCAAGAAGAUCAUCCAGAUGAAGGCGCGAGAUCACGCCCGCACUCCGAUGCAGUGGAACCACCAUGAGAACGCCGGGUUCUGCGAUCCGGGCGUCAAGCCUUGGAUGCGAAUUAUGGACGAUUACGCACAGGGCAUUAACGCCGAAGACCAGGUCAGCGCCGACAAGAACGGCGACCCACUAUCGACCUGGCAAUUCUGGCAACGUGGCGUGAGAGACCGCAAGGAGCACGCCGACGUCUUUGUGUAUGGCGACUACCAGGAACUCUCGCCAGAGCAUCCCAGCAUAUUCGCCUACGGCCGGACCGGCGCCUCGGGCGAGCGGUGGCUCGUCGUCCUGAAUUUCUCGGGCCAGGAUGUCGAUUGGAUGUUGCCCGAGAGCCUGGUGGUGGAGUUUUGGGCCUGCAGCAACUAUGUCAGAGGACGGCCGGAGAAACCGCAGCAAGGCCAGGUACGACUGAAGCCUUGGGAGGGGAUCUUGGGGAAGUGUAAGAUCGCGUGA